GUCAAGCGUAGUUUACCGGAAGACAGCUGUACAUGCGACACAGAUUGAGAAUUUUUUGGCGAAAUAUUGACACAUGUUCGAGUCUGAAGCAUUUAUAAAACAUUUCUUUGUCAAAGGAAAAAAUAAGAAAUGGGCAAACCAAAAAAUAAAAACCGAAAAGGUCAAAAUGACGACUUUGACAGUGACAACGAGGUUGAUUUAGAUCCUUUAGCUAACCAAGAAUUAGAUGAGCCAGCCACAUCACAGAAACCUGCUGGAAAACAUAAAAAGAAGAAGAAGAAAGACGAUUGGGAAGACGAUGUUGCAGCAGAAAUUGAGUCAUUAUCGAUUGAAUCAAAGAAGGGAGUUAACUCUGAUACAGUUAAUGAGGACGAUCCACCUCCACAAAAGAUAAAAUCAAAAAAGAAGAAAAAUAAACACAAAAGUGAGUCUGAAGACGAAGGUGAGGAAAUGGAAGAAGAAAUAAAACAAGAGACAAAAGGAAAGAAGAAAACAAAACCAAUGGCAACCUUUGAUAUGUUGAUGAUGGAUGAUGAGAGUGGCGAUGAGAUACCUUCUGAUGAUGAAGAAGAGGAGACUCCAGUCAUAGAAACCAAAAAAGAGGAAGUUGUAAAAGAAAAAGAUAGUAAAAAGAAAAAGGAUAAAAAGAAGAAGAAAGACCAGGCUGAGGAAGAUAUUGAUGCACUUUUAGCAGACCUUGACAAACCUAAAGAGUCAAAAAAGAAAAAGAAGAAAAAUAAAGAUUUAGCCGGUGAAGAAAAUGAGGAAGGCAAUGAAAUAAAUGAAGAAGAAAAAUUGGCAGCUGAAAUUGAAUCAAAGAUGGCUGCUGUCAAAGUUGUCACUAUAGAUGACUUAUAUGAUGAUGAUGAAGAUGAUAAAAAGAAAAAGAGAAAAAAGAAGAAAGGUAAAACUGAAGAAAAAGAUGGAGAGAAGAAUGAGGAACAGGAAGGAGAAGAAGGAACGAAAGAAGAAGGAGAUGAGGAUGAUGAUGAGUCAACAGUGAAAACUGCAGCACAAAAAAGAAAAGAAAAAAGAGAUAGAGAAAAGCAGAAAAAAUUAUUAGAUAAGAAAAAGUCCAAAGGUAAAAAGGAACCUGAGACUGGAGGGGAGACUGCUGCAGAUGAUGCCAAGCCAGACGGAGAAAAAGGUGAAGAUGAAAAACCAGCAGAGGAGGAGGAAGAAACAAAACCAGGGAAAAAGAAGAAAAAGAAAGGAGAUGAGGAAAAAGAUAAGAAAAAGAAAAAAGCACCAGUUGCUAUCAUCAAAGCACAAUUACAAGCACUGAAGGAAGAACAAGAAAGACUUCAAAAAGAAGAGGAAGAGAGAAUCAGACUAGAGGAAGAACAAAUAGCACAAAUGGAGGAAGAGAAAAAGAAAGAACAAGAGAAGAGAGAAAAGAAGAAACUGAAAGAGAAAGAGAGGAAAGAAAGAUUAAGAGCUGAAGGAAAAUUAUUAACAGAUAAACAAAAACAGGAUAAAAGAAGAGCUCAGGAAAUGUUGGAAGCAAUGAAAGCACAAGGAUUUGAAAUUCCAUCUAAAGAUGAUGCACCUAAGAAAAGACCUGUUUAUGACAACAAAAAGAAGAAAAAACAACAACAACAAAAAGCAGCAGAAGCACAAGAAGAAAGAACACCAUCUCCUUCAGAAGAGACAACAGUAGAAUCAAAGGAUGAAGCAACAACACCAACUAUCGAGGAGGUGGAACCAGUAGCCGAUACCAGUACACAGGAGGAAGAGAAGGAAGAAGAAGGUGACGAUAUAAAAGAUGAUUGGGCGGCUGACAGUGAAGAUGAAGAGGAAAAAUUGAAGAAGACUGAAACAGAGAAACCCAAAGCAGCCCCAGUGACCGUGUCAGUGAAGACAGAGGAAGAAUCAGAAGAAGAAGAUGAAGAGGAGGAGGAAGAAGAGGAGGAGGAAAGUGGUGAGGAGGAUGAAUCAGAAGAAAGUGAAUCUGAAAGUGAAGAAGAAUCUUCUGAUGAUGAUCUUACCCCAGUAGAGAAAGCUAGAGAUAGAAUUAUGAAAAGAAAAGAAGAGGCAGAGAAAAAUAGAUCAGUUGACAAUCUCAGGGCACCUGUUAUCUGUGUAUUGGGUCAUGUAGAUACAGGCAAAACUAAAAUCUUGGACAAGUUACGAAGAACAAAUGUACAAGAUGGAGAAGCAGGGGGAAUAACCCAACAGAUUGGUGCUACAAAUGUUCCUUUUAGUGCUAUUAAAGAUAGUACAAAAAUGUGUAAAGAGUUUCAGAAAGCUGAAUUGAAAUUACCUGGAAUGUUGAUUAUUGAUACACCUGGCCACGAGUCUUUCAGUAACUUGCGAUCUAGAGGAUCCUCCCUAUGUGAUAUGGCUAUUUUAGUGGUAGAUAUUAUGCAUGGGUUAGAACCUCAGACAAUAGAGUCUAUAAACCUACUUAAACAAAGAAAAACUCCAUUUGUGAUAGCUCUUAACAAGAUUGACAGACUUUACCAGUGGAAACCUAUGCCACAGACUGAUGUGUCUAAUGUCAUAAAGAAACAAACUAAUCAGUGUAAAUCAGAAUUUGAUGAAAGGGCAAGAAUGGUCAUGACACAAAUGGCGGAACAGGGAUUAAAUACAGCUUUAUUUUAUGAAAAUAAAAAUCCCAAAGAAUUUAUUUCUCUGAUCCCUACAUCAGCCCACUCAGGAGAUGGUAUGGGAAAUCUUAUAGCAUUGAUCUGUUCCCUGUGCCAAACUCUGCUGGCCAAACGUUUAGCUUACUCAGAGGAAUUACAUGCUACUGCUAUGGAGGUAAAAUCCUUGCCUGGUUUAGGAACUACCGUAGAUGUGAUAUUGGUGAAUGGUAUACUGAAAGAAGGUGAUACAGUUAUUGUACCUGGUACUCAGGGUCCUAUCGUUACUCAAAUCAGGGGACUUCUCAUGCCACAGCCUAUGAAAGAGUUGCGAGUUAAGUCUCAGUGGGAACAUCACAAAGAAGUGAAGGCUGCCCAAGGUGUUAAGAUCAUUGCCAAGGACUUAGACCAUGCCUUGGCUGGAUUACCAGUGUAUUCAUCUAAUAAAGAGGAUGAGAUAGAAUAUUAUAAGGAAGAAUUAUCAGUGGCUUUGAAAGAAGUUUUAGGAUCUAUAAGAUUAGCAGAACGAGGAGUAUUUGUCCAGGCUUCAACUCUGGGGUCCAUGGAAGCUUUACUGGAGUUCCUAAGAACUUCUAAAAUUCCUUAUGCUGGAAUUAAUAUAGGACCUGUACAUAAAAAAGAUAUAAUGAAAGCAUCUGUAAUGUUAGAGCAUGAUAGUCAAUAUGCUGUAAUUCUGGCAUUUGAUGUAAAAGUGGAGCGUGAAGCACAAGAUUUAGCAGAUAGUUUAAAUGUGACAAUUUUCACUGCGGACAUAAUAUAUCAUUUAUUUGACAAAUUCAUUGCCUAUCGUGAUGAACUUAAAAAGAAGAGACAAGAAGAAUUCAAACACAUAGCAGUAUUCCCCUGCAAAUUACGUGUGUUACCCAACUGUAUAUUUAAUUCUCGUGACCCCAUUGUGUGUGGUGUUAGUGUGGAAAGUGGAUUCGUUAAAGUAGGAACACCAAUCUGUGUACCAUCACAACAGUUUCUUGAUAUUGGUAACAUAUCCAGUAUAGAAAAUAACAACAAACCUGUGGACAUUGCCAGAAAGGGAAUGGAAGUGUGUAUAAAGAUAGAAGCUGUCUCUGGUGACUCACCUAAAAUGUUUGGGCGACAUUUUGACCACACAGAUCUGUUAUAUAGUAAGAUAUCGAGAGCGUCCAUUGAUGCUGUGAAGGACCAUUUUAGAGAUGACAUGCAGAAGUCUGACUGGCAAUUAAUGGUUGAACUGAAGAAACUCUUUCAAAUUUUGUGAUUUAUUGAUAUCAUCAAUUCUGUAAAAACGUGAUCUUGUGUAUCUAUUUUAAUGAAUUUCUACAGAAGUUCAAACUAUGGUUUAAGAAUCAGCAGGGAAAGAGAAUCGCAGGGGCCCAAUACCCCAGGCUACUGAAUAUUUGGUUGGGCCCUGAAUUUAAGUUGAAUAU